UGCCCGAGGCCCGCACAUGUUCGAUCCUAUAUCUAUCGACUGAUACGUAACUGAUAUAUAUAUAUAUAUACAUAUACAUUAUAUGAUAUUGUGUAUAUUAUCUUGAUUCGUUAGUUAUAUUAUUAUACUUCGCAUUUUAUUUUGAGGAAUUUUGAAGAAAAACCCAUCGCCGUGGAAUCCAUCAUUGACUCGAGCGGUUAGAAUUGUUGAGCAUAGCAUUAUUCUUAUUCGUGAAUAACCGAAGUGUGGUGUACGAUAAUUCGAUUUCUGAUCUUGUCAUGUUGAUGUACUUAAUAAUAUGUUGUGAUUUUAAAUUUUUCGAGUUGAGAAUAAUAACUUUGUGACUUCUUUAUCUUUAACGUUGAUCGUCGUUAUUGUGUUUUGAUCGGCUUCUUUAUAUUAUUUAAUAUUUUGAUACAUCUGUUGACGUAGUCUCGUUUUGAUUUGAUACUUAUUAUUUUGUCAUAUACUUGGUUCACAGUUGGCUUUGGCAUGAUCACCAUAUAAUAUUGAAACAAUUAACAUAUUAUUGGUUAUGGAUCAAUGGCAAAUGUUUAUUUAAUGAUGAAAAAUCAAAUCCUUUAGUUGGUACUACAAUCAAUGCUAAUUCAUAAGCAGGUUGACUGAAUAUUUUUAUAAACACAUUGAACUUUGAUCUUUUCAAAAUUUGAAUGAAAAAAAAAUUGUGUAUGAAAAACUGAAGUUUUUGUAUGAUAAUAAUAUGAAUACUGAUUCAAUUCAACUUAGAAUGCAUCAGAAUCGUAUUAAAAAAAUUAAAAACAAAUUACAACAACCCAAACAAACUGAACACAAGAAAAAAUAUGCUAGAUAUUAUUGUGACGUCUGUUGUAAAAAUUAUAUAAAUUCUACCUCUUUUAAAAUACAUCUAAAAACUUUUCAUGGUCAGUUAAAUUUAAAUAAUGCUUCAAGUGAAGAUGAGUCAACUUUAAAGUCAAAACGUUAUUUCUUUGAGCUGAAGUCAACAAAAAACGGAAUCGGAAAGACAGAUAAUAUUUUUACUGAGUUUGAAGAUAAAAUGCCGGUAGAACUUAAAAAUGAUCAACAUAGAUGCAAUGUGUGUAAUACAAUAUUUUCAAACUUGAUCGAUUAUAUGAAUCAUGAAAAAUCACAUUACCAAACACUCACAAUUAACAAUUCUAGCAUUUCUCAAAAGUCUAUGACACUUGAUGAUAAUAUGGCUUUGGACAAUGCUGAUGUUGAUGGUACAAUUGCAGAUAUUACCAAUAAUGAUGAUAAGUCUUUGGAAUUCUUUGAUGAUAGUACAAUUUCAAAUACCUCAAAUAAUGAUGUUAAGUCUUUGGACGAUUUAGAUUAUAAUACUUCAACUUCAGACACCUCUAAUAAUGAUACAACUUCAGACAUUUAUAAUUAUAAAAUUAUAAACAACUCAGGUGAGGAUGUAUUUACAUCUAAAUCUGAUUUUGAAGAACACCAACCAUAUUAUAUUAAUGAUAAUCUAAGAACUUGUAGUAAUCAAAGAAACUUAAUAUUCUCCAGACCAAAUGAACUCAAUAUAAAUACUGAAAAUAAUAGUUUAUUUAAUAAUAAAAUAAACAUACCUCAAAAAAAUUCAUGGAGGCCAGACGAAAAUCAUAUAAAAGCAUUACAUGAAAUAUGUGUAGUCCAACAGCCAUUUGAAUGUGAAAUUUGUGAGGAAACUUGUGAUCAAUAUGAUCAUUAUCAAUUCAAUCAGUGGUGGUCAUCUGACGAAAUUUUAAAAUGUAACGUUUGUAAUCAAAAGUUUUCCGAAGAAGAAGAAUUAAAACUUCAUGAAUACGAACACGUAAAGACACAUUUUUGUUAAUAAAAAUAUUUAUACUAUAACUUAUAAGCUUUAAUAUAAUUAAUGUAAUAAUAAAUGUAUAUAAAUAAAAUA